AUGGCGGGUCGUGGCAAGACACUUGGGUCCGGGUCGGCAAAGAAGGCCCAAUCGAGAAGCAGCAAGGCGGGGCUCCAGUUUCCCGUCGGUCGUAUCGCCCGUUUUCUGAAGGCCGGCAAGUAUGCCGAGCGUGUCGGCGCCGGAGCGCCGGUUUAUCUCGCCGCUGUCCUGGAGUACCUGGCUGCAGAGGUUCUUGAGCUGGCUGGAAAUGCAGCAAGGGACAACAAGAAGACAAGGAUCGUGCCUCGGCACAUCCAAUUGGCCGUGAGGAACGAUGAGGAGCUCAGCAAGCUUCUUGGUGAUGUCACGAUUGCCAAUGGUGGAGUCAUGCCCAACAUUCACAACCUUUUGCUCCCGAAAAAGGCUGGAUCCUCUAAGCCCUCGGCCGAUGAAGAUUGA